AUGUAUAAUUCAAAUCGAGACGAAAUAGAUUCGGAAUCAAAUCGAAAACCAGCUUUAUUUACUGAUGAAACAUUACCAAUUGUUUCUUGUAAAGAAGUUAUUCAAAAAGAUCCUGUUCAUUCAGUGAAUGCAAGUGUACAAACUAAAUUUGAAGUACAACUUGCUGAUGCUGAAUGUCAAAGUAUAAAACGAAAAGAACGUGAAAUUCAAGUAGAUCUUGGAGAAAAAGCUGUUACGGAUGAAAUACAAGUUGAUAUGGGUCGUCUUAGUAAAUUUCUUGGACGUACUGCACCACGUGUUUUACAUUAUAUUGAAGAUAAUGCAGAACGUCCUAAUAUUCUUCGACAUAUUAAAUUAAGAUAUAGCGGUGAUGAUACUGCUCAAGAAUUAUUUACAUUAACUUAUCCAGAUAUUUUAAUUGAUAAAGAAAUUCAAAUAACUAGUUUAUCAUGGUCAGCUAAUGGAUCAUCUAUUUUUGUUGGUUAUGGAAGUACAUCACAUGAAGGUUUAUGUAUGCAUAAAGGUGCUGUAUGUUCAUGGAAUAUUGAAAGAUUUAAAAUUAAUCCAAAUAAACCAGAUAUGACUGUUGAAACAAGUACAUGUGUUACAACAGUUGCUUGUCAUCCAGAAAGACCUGGUAUUGUAGCAGCUGGUCUUUAUAAUGGUGAAAUACUUGUUUGGGAUUUUCGUGAACAAGAUUCAUUAAUUGCUCGUGUGUUAGAACGACAAGAUUUACAUCGAGAUUCAGUAACAUCACUUCAAUGGAUUCGUGAACCCAAAUUAUCGAAGAAAAAAUUUAUUCUUGUAUCAACUAGUCAAGAUGGACGAAUUCUUCUAUGGAAUCCAUUACCUAGUAAAAAUAAUUUAAAAUUAACAGAUGCUUACUUUGUUUCAACUAAAAUUAGUAGUAAAUCAUCAGGAAAACCAAUGGGAGUUACAAGUGUUUCAUUUAAUAAUGAAGAUGCUGAAACAUUUGUAUUUGGUUGUGAUUCAGGACAUUUAUAUAAAGGUUCACUUAAUUCAGUAUCAACUGUUCAAUCACGUGAACAAGGUCUUGCUGAUAUGACAAUUCAACCUAAAAAUCCAAUUACAAUGGCAUAUCAAUCACAUGAUAGUCCAAUAUAUUCUGUUAAUUUUUCUCCUUUCAAUCGGCAUUUAUUUCUUACAAGUGCACAUGAUGGACAAAUUCGAAUUUAUUCUCAACUUUUUCCAAAUUAUGGACGUUGUUUUGCACCAGCACAAGGCGCAAUUUUUACUUGUCGUUGGUCACCAUCACGUCCUUUACUUUUAGCAGCAGGUAGUGAACAUGGUAGAACAUUGAUCUAUGAUCUUGAACCAGAAGAAGGAGCAUCAACUGAUCUUCUAUCAUCAAUACCUGUACAAGAAUUACCAUCAUCAGAUAAACGAUCAUCAAUUAUUUGUUUAGAAUUUAAUCAUAAAACAUCCAAUACUUUAGCAUGUGGAGAUAGUGCAGGUGCAGUAACGAUUUGGAAAUUAGCAGAACGAUUUACAACAGCACAAAAUGAUGAAAUAGAAAAUUUACAAAUAUUAGCUAAAAGUUUUGGAGACAAUUAA